AUGGCAUUUACAAACUUAAUCCGGUUCCGGGACGAGGCUGGCUCGAUCUGGUAUGGAGAUAUUCCAGAAGAAUUCCUGGACAGGAUCGUAGGGUCCCAAGUCCCGAUUUUGGAAGGCGAUCUAUUCGAAGACACUUUAGUCUCAAAUGGCCAAACUGCAGUUGUCCAACAGGUUUUAUGUCCCCUGGAAAAGGUGCCUUUAAUUUUAUGUAUCGGGCUGAACUAUGCACGGCAUGCCCAAGAGGCGAAUCUUCCAAUCCCUCCAAGCCCGGUCCUUUUCAUCAAGCCCCCAGCCGCGCUUGCAGGUCCUUUUGACGAUAUUAAAGUUCCUCCACAUGCACUGCAUUUAGACUACGAGGGAGAACUCUGCUUGAUUAUCAAAAAGGAUGGCAAAGAUAUCUCGGAAGCGGAGGCAGAUGAUUAUAUCCUCGGUUGCACGGCAGGAAACGAUGUUUCAUCACGAUACUGGCAACGUCCUCCACAUUCCGGCGGCCAGUACUGCUAUGCCAAAGGCUUUGAUGGAUUUGCUCCGAUCGGCCCAACGAUAAGAGCCACCCAGAAAACAGACAUGUCCAACCUGAGACUGGAAACCACGGUGAAUGGGGAACAGAGACAGAGCACUAUCACUAGUGAUGUGCUCUUCAACCCGCGGCAGAUCGUCUCUCAUUUAUCUCGAGGAUACACAUUGAGCAAGGGAACUGUAAUUAUGACCGGAACGCCCGACGGCAUCGCUGGUCGAAUGCCAGGUCAACCGUGGCUGCAAAACAAGGACGUGGUCCGCGUGUCUAUAAGCGGAGUUGGAAGUAUUGAGAACAGAAUUAUUUCCCCUUGA